AUGUACUACGGGGCGUCUUUCAAACUCAAGGCUUGGGCAAAGUCAACUUAUGCCCGAAUUACCUUGAAUCGCUACACUCUCUCUUUUUUCGUCUUCAGUUUCCUCUACUGCGUCGUCCAGGGCAUGAUCCAGUCUUUCCUCUUCUCCCUUGAUUGGGAGUACAGCACCCUUGUCAACGGCCUUGUCGACGCAGGCCAAAUACCCAAAUCCAAUUUGACAUAUCUCGAGGGCUCCUCAGGCAACCUGCACCUUCGGAUGUGCAACGAUAUCCCCCAUGGCCAAUCACCCUAUCCUUGUAUGACAAUAUUCGACUCCAAGAGAGAUUCUCCAAAAUAUGGUGGAGUUGCAGCAGACAUCUCAAGAGGCGUAUUUGAUCUCAGCGGCUGGGAACGAGGCCUGAACAUGACAAUCCUUCGCCAGGACCCACAGAACGAGACAGUCAUCACGGGCAUUCGUGUCGAAAAAGUCCGCAACGACUCUGCUGCCAGUGUCGACCUUGCCGCGCAAUGUAUCAAAAUUCUACUCUACCCUUCCCAGAUCCUCAUCAACUUCAAGCGCGAGGACAUCGCCUGGAUCUGCCUGCAGUUCUGGCUCUUCGGUAUCUCUGUCCUGGCCAUCCUGAACGACUCUGUCCCUCAUACGCUGGCUGUGCUUAUGACGCGCUUCAUCUCGACUGCGUGGGCACUCUACGCCAUCUGGCGCGGACCAACCUUCCGCUCAAACUGGCAGCAACUCAUCGCGGACCCUGGGACGAUAUGUUCGCUCGAUGUCUUCAACGAGUACUGGAGUAGGAGAAGAGGGUUCGAGAUCGCAGAUGGUGUCCUGAGCGCCACAGCCUUCCUUAUCUUCAUAUAUCUCUCGUGGACGCUCCUCCGGGUGUACAACGCCCAGUCGUUCAAGUGCGUCGGUGCCCCGCCCCAUAUCAUACGGAUCAACAAGUUCUUCAUGGCCGUCCUCGCCUGCCUGCAAAUGGAGGCAUUCGUGCUCGUCACGGGCAUGAGCCUGUGGAUUGACAUCCUCAUCAACACGGCCAUUGCACCGAUAUCAGAGCACACAGAGCUAUAUCAAGCUGGCUUCAUCUUCUCUGCUGUGGCGUUACUACCUUGGAUCGCCAUGGGCUGGUACUCCAUCCGCCGCGAGAUGAAGAAAUUGAUGCUUGCCUUCCUCGCCAUUGGGCUUGUCGUCAUCACAGGCUGGUCAGUCAUGUUCUAUUCGAUCGUCUAUCGCUGGUCCUUCAUGCAAUGGCCAUACCUCGGGUGCUUCACAACCGCCUCGCUGACCCUGCUCCUGGCAAGCAUGGUUCUCGGCGUCGUCUGCCGACUGAACUUUGGCAAGGGUCUCGCACAGUACCUGCACGCAGAAGAAAGCCUCGCCAAGCUCAACUUCGCGCAGGAUAAGUUCGUCCACGACUCUGCGAGCAUCCGGAGCUCUGUGCACUACGCCAAGGAGAUCCAAAACAACUUCCCCAUCCCACAGUCGCCGUCCAAGGUCGGCCAGAGCGACUACAACCACAGCGACUACGACCGUGCUCUCAGGGAGGUAACGAUGAAGGGUGACGAAGAGAGCGCCAUCGGCAGUGUCGACACCACGUCGACGUACUCUAUGACGCCCACAAGAGACUCACAUGCGCGUGACUAUGACCGACUGCGAGCGGCAGCUGCAACGCCGACUCCGGGUACGCUUGCACCUAACAGACGGCGGCUAGAAACGGACGCCAGUAGCGAUAGUGAGUAUAGUGAUGAGAGCAUGGGGAGAGGUUCGGAUGGCGCUGUGCGCCCUCUAAAUGGCCGCGAGAAUCCCGCUGGACGGGUGCUCAACAUUUCAAGUACGGCUACGACGAGCAAAGCUCCUGGACGAUUUUAG